UUACAACAUCGAUUCUUGGAACCAAUUACAUUUUUUGUUCACGAAUAAUUGAAAAAUUGGCGAAUAAAAUUAUUUUUUAAUAAAACUUCUAAACAGUUAGAUUUUGCACACAAGCCAACGAAUGAUCAUAUAUGUUUAUAUAAAAGUGUAGACCGUCAAUCGAUCAGAUAAGAGGUAUUGACUCUACUUCACUUCCCAUAGAGAGAAGAAAGCGGGGAAAAUGGAUUCGCGAAAACGCAGUUUUUUGUACGAUGAUUCUGAUGACGAUACACCGUUGUCGAAAAGAAAGAAUAAUAUCAAGAAAACCAAGCGUGUUUCAGCUCCAAAUAAAUAUUAUGAUUGCCCCGAAACUGCAACAUCGCAAAUAGAGAACACAAAGUGGGACGAAUUUUGCUGGCAUUGCAAAACUGCAAGCAAUUACGAGGUCAAAUGUUCCAAAUGUGUUUUGUCAUUUCAUAUGAAUUGCAUGCCCGAAACAGAUCGAAAUAAGGCCAAUUGGACAUGCCCAGAAUGUCGGUGUGGAGAAAAGCCUGUCGAAACGAGUUUGAAUGACAAUGAUUUGGAUGAAUUGCUUAAAUGUGCAGUUGAACGGAUUGGUCUACGUACUGGCACAUUCAUUGUACCGAAAGGAUACGUCGACAGCAAGCUUUUGAAACGUGCAUUGACGUUCGAAGACAUAGUUGAAAAGGCCAAUAACAAAACGUAUUCAAACACCCAUGAAUUCAUUUUUGAUUUCAAAUUACUGCUGCACUGCUGCACAAUUCUAAAAAAAUGUAACAAGGCGGACGAAGAUAAGAAACAGUUGGCUGAAACUCGCGAAAUAGCCAAAAAAUUGCACCAGAAUUGUAUUGAAGAGGUGAAGGAGUUCAUGUUGUGUGGUGAUUGUUAUAUCAGACGCGAGGACGAGAACGCCUUUACGCAAAUUUGUUCCCAGCCUCAUCUUAUUUUAUGGGUUAAGUUUGAAUCAUAUCCAUACUGGCCAGCGAAAUUGUUGAAAGUCAAUAAAGGUCGUCUUGAAGUGUAUUUUUUCAAAGAUCACAAUACAGCCUGUGUUUUGCCAAAUGAUUGCUUCCUAUUUUCAAAAGAGGACCCAAACGUAUACUGUACUAGUCGAUUUAAAGCAGAUGUUCAAGUAGCUGUUAAAGAGACCGAAGAGUAUGCCAAAAAUAUUGAAACAAAAUUUGGAACAAUUCGAUUUGCCCCAAAAUUCACUAAACCAAGUCUAGCAAAGUUGAACACACUGCAUCUGGAUGAUAUGAUUCCCGGUUUUCGAAAUCCAGCCCAUCAAAUGCAAAACACCAGUCAAAUUGAUGGCGUGAAUGGAGGCCAUAUUGAUGUUGAUUCAGCGAAAGGUGUCAAGAACCCCUCCUUCAUCGGUUCAAGUUUACAAAACAAACCAUCUAUACGAGAUAAAUUGGUUGAAUUAGGUGAAUACAUAAGUGCAUUGGAAGCGGAAUAUAAUUCGCAAAAAGCAACAAAUGAAAAAAUUCUAAAGGAAAAUGCAUUGUUGAAAGCUGAAUUGGCGCUAAAGCGGGAAAAUAUUGCUUGUGGCAAAUGUAAACCAAAAAUCCCAUAGUACUUUUACAAAACUUCUCAUUGAAAUGUUUAGCAACUUUAUAAUUUUCAUUUUGAAUCAUCAAAUAAUAGUAAUACAAUAUUACAUCUCAGUUUGUUUUUUAUCAA